AUGGCAUUCAGACUCUUAACUCCCUCCUCAAGCAUCCUUCGCCUCGGCUUGGGUGUUGGAAUCGGGCUGUCCGCCGCAACCAUGCACCCCUUGUCACCGUUCCGCGCCGCACCAAUGCUAUGCGAUUACGCCUCACCUCUGCCACAGCAAUCGACCUUCAAGAAGGAGCCGGAGUGGGCAGUUGAGGGAAAGCCCGUGGGGAAGUCAUCACGAACUGGGCUGUUGAAUGCCGAGAGCAUGCGGCAGGUUAGUUUGGGCAGUGUUUUGGGGCUUGUAGCAGGUGUUGGAUUGAGGGCGUUCUCCAAGGCCUUGGUGGUUCUACUGGGUAUGGGAGUUGUUUUUGUUGAGUACGCUGCAUCCAAGGGAUACAACAUCCUUCCGUUGCAUCGGAUGCAAAAAUAUGUCAAGAACGUUGACCUGCACCGUGCUAUGAGUGAACACCGACCAUUCAAGAUCAGUUUUGGUGCAAUGAUGGCUAUGGCAGCGUUUGCGAACUUUUGA